AUGUCCGUCAAUCACGCCGCACAUAUGCCACAGUCACUGCCCCCCUUCGCGGAGGCUUUCAGCAGCUCCUCGCUGAGCAGCAGCAACGCGCUACCCCCGAUACAGUCCCAGUCUUACGAACGCACACGCCAAGCAACCCACUCCCCCGCCAACGACUCGUGUAAUCCAACCGUCGAACUCAUCCGCACCGCAAGAAAACGUUCGCGGGAAGAAGGUUCACUUGCUACCCUCACAGAGGCCAACUCGGACAGGUGCUCCCCCAGGGGCCUCCGCAUCAAAGAGGAGGACGAGAGAGAUGCACCCUCAGAGUCACCGCACUCUCCCACCGUGAACGAGGACGUGUCCCAUGACCCUAGUCCCACUCCCAGCACGCAGCCGUCUCCGAAGAAACGACGCGUGACUGUGAGCGGCCCAACGCAACCGCUCGAUUCCACCACUAGACCCGCACUCGAUCAGCCAGCGUCUACACCAAUCUCUCCGGUUAUUAUUAGUCUUACCAACGUGGACGAGCCGAAUGGCAGAGAACGAUCCUUAUUAACGGUCAAACCGCAACACAGGUCUCUCCUCGAGCAGCGUAGGGAAAGUAUUACCGGCGUAACUCAGGCUUCUUUUCCUUCUGGGUCUUCCAGCAAGUCCCCGCCCGAGGAUCAUCUCUCUGCAUCCAAACUGUCGAACGUCCCCCGGAUUGGACGGCGCAGUCCCAACGAGGCCGCUGGCACCAGCCGCUCUACAGGCGGCGGUGCCCAAGCGAUUAACUCCUCACAAGUGUUCAGUCCACCCCCCAUGAUCGUUCCGAGCCAGCAGCCCCUCUCCCUCAAUUCCCCGCAGGUUUCAGCCGAGUCCUCAUCUAUAGCACGACAGAGCCCAAUUGCACAUUCACUACCUCCCCCUUCCAUCAGCUUUACGACACGUCGUACCGCACAAUCCGGAGGUCGUAAGAAGAAGCCUGCAGAUAUAUUGAUUAGCCCACGCGGCACGGGCCCAUCCGACCCACUUCUGCCCGUUGUCCAGAGUGCCCCUCCCGUGGCUGACCGGUUCCCGAUGGCGAUCCCGCGCCUACCAUCUGCAAUCAACAAUGCUACUCAGACAACUCGGAGAACGGUCAGCAACGUUCCGCCCACGCCCACCCGCUUCGCACUGCGUGAUGCUGCAAGCUCGUCUGUCAACUCGACCGGACGAACCGGCACGACUUCUUUGUCACCGCCAAAUGUCUCGGUCCCCAUCGCUAGUAGCUUGGCUCCGCAUACACCUAAUGCCUUACAUCAUCCCGGGUAUUCGGUGGACAAGUCCGCCUUUUUGGCGCCUUUUGAAACGUUUUACGACGCCCUUAAUGGUUCAAAACAGCUGAAGGGUUGGCUUGCAGAUCAGCUGCAGAAGUCGAGUGCCCUCAUGCAAUCACUGAAACAGCAGCAAGAGAAGAUGGACACCAUGGUGGAGGAUUUGGUGGAGAAGCGGACGCGUGCAUUGAGGGAGGAAAUUGCGGCGUUACGUCAACGCGUGGAGUCUCUUGAGGAAGCCGUGCAAACAACUCGGGGAGAGGGCUCAACGAGGGGCCCUCAAACCAACGGUGGGUCCGGAUAUCUGCAUAAUAUGGCAGCCCUCCAGAACAGCUCUCCUCCAGGAUCUGAACCAUCCACGACAUACCGAUUUCCUGCACCGGAUCAGCGAAGAUCGGACUUUACGAGAGCGGUUCUCUCUCCUGAAAGACCGCAGGAUAAAGAACCUCAGAGGUCGCCACCUCUAAUAAUAGAAGCUUCCCGCCGCAUCUCAAUCUCUGGCGGUACUCGUCCAGAUCCAGCAAGAAUGAUUAACGUGGAAGGUGGACAGCUGCAGGGAUCUCACCCCUCCUUCGGGCCCUCAGGGCACCAUAGUCGUGGAGGACCGCCAGGUUCAUCAAAAGGUACACCACCUUUGCGGCCUCAAACCCUCCCUGAGCGCUCGAUAAACGUCCGCCAAACAGACCCGGCGCCGCGUUCAAGUAGCAGGCUCGUGUACCCUCCACCUGCGAAACCGGAUGCACGUCGCAAAAGUAAUGCCGCUCUUGAGGAGCGUUGACCAUUUUUUUGGGUUAUUAUUUGAGGACGGAAAAUCAUGCUACCCUUUUAUUCACUCUCAUUAUUUGGCGAGAAUCCGUUGGACUGACGUUUGGCUUUGAACAUACUUAACCUUCUCUUAUCUGACCGUCAAUCUGCAUCGUCCCAUGCUGAAUCUCGGACUAUGUAUUUGUGAUUUAUAUCGUGCAUCCUUGUCCUGGUUGCUUU